UCUCGUCCUCUGCACCCGUGCAAUCCAUUUUUCACAACGAACAGGGUCUCUUGCAAACUUACGAAGGGUAAUUCCAUUCUCCCAAGUGUUCAAGCAAUGUCCAGCAAUGCAAUGAGCCGGCAUUUUGGCUAACACGAAGGAACAACGAGCUACCAUCCCGGAGGUAAAACUAAUGGAAACAAAUGAGUCCACGAGGGGGCGCCGCUGUCCUUUACGUCACUUCCUGUUUCUUCUCGAAAAUAAAUCCCUGAGAGUAUUUUCAUGGCGGGAGUUACAAAAAGCUGUAUACGUCAAUAUCAUGUUUUAUGGUGGGGGAAAAAAAACACAUGGGACCAUAUCGGCUCUGGGUUUUUCAUUAAUAUACCAAAAAAUCAUCCGUUUGAUGACACUUGACCUUUAAGUUGACGUUUCCACUCACCCAACGUCCUAAUAAGUACUCAUGGUCCUCGUUGUCUACGAUACGUAGAUUUUGCAGGUCAUGUAAGUACUAGCGUUUGAUGUUUACCUCAGCAAAUAUUUGAUUUCUAUACGCGACUUGAUGGUAAUGGGCUAGGCUAGGCCGCGCAGCUUGAACGCGAAUGAAUACGGCUCCAAUUUGGGGACUAAGAUUACACAGAUGAUGAUUUUUGUCCACUGAAGUCAUCACCAGGGGCAGCCCACGUCGAGUAUUCACCACAUUCGGUCCAAAUUCAUCAGGAUUUAUUUAUUGUACGGUCGUGCAGGUCAGAGCCUCCUCGAUUUGUUGUCACCAGUUCGGGGACCGGAAGCCAACACGGGUGCUAACAUACUGCAAUUAAAUGCAUGAAAACACACUAAAACGUUACAGCAUAAUUCUUCAGAACACUGGCAUAAUUAUGUACAACUGUUAGUCCUAGCACUAGCUUGCUUGGCAUAAUGCUUUGUGGCCUGCUUGCAAGUCAUAUCGUAUUAAGUUCUCGUUUGGUUUAGUCAGUCAUAAACUGAUAAAUAAUAAAGGCUUCAUUAUCCUGAAUCUAUGUAUGAAGUUUUUGGUCUUGUUUUAAAAUUAUGCAAACGCCGUGUAUUUAGUAAAUAGGUACGCGACCACCCGGCUGUUCAUUGUACAGCGCGAUAGAGCUGCCUGUGCUUGUAUGCGAAACUAUCUGCAGUACGUACAAUCUGUUUACCUGUAGUGGUGUCAGAGGUUAGUCACACGCGUUUUUCAGACACAGGAAACUAGGUCAAAGUUUGCGGACUUUAAAACUUUUUUUUUUUUAAACAUCAAAAGUUAUGCAUUUUAUAGUGCAGUGGAAUGUAUAUUUUCGUCUAGAUAAGAUAAUUUUCAUUAGGAAUUAGACAUUCCAUACACUUUAGCGGAAUUUGAAUUUUUUGUAAGUAGAAACACAUUUUACAUGUAAAUAGCCCAGUGUGUUUCAAGCACCCCCCACCACCAAAAUUAAGCAUUCAAGGUGUACAUAAUGUAAAGAAUAAAAAAUUAUGUUCAUUUACUUUUGUAGUUGAACAACAAUGCGUAGAGAAGGGUGAGUGACGAAGUAUUGUAGGGGACCGAGGAGUACGAGGCUGACAACGUAAAAUUCACCAUGAGGAAAAACAAAAACGUAAAUCCUAUCCAGCAUCUUUCAGAGACUGACCUUUUGACCUUCAUUUCAAAACAAAUUAUUGGAAAUUGAAGCCUUCUAAAUUGAACUGGAAAAUUAUUAUAAAAUGAUGUUCAGGUUAGAAAUGCUAUCUCUCCUUUAACUCAUUGAAUCCUACCCAUUUUUCAAACGAGAACCCACCUCAGUACCAGGCAUUUUAGGACCAUUUUUGAUCUUUCGAGGCUCACAGAAUAUUUCUAGGACUAUAUAAACUUCCUUAUUUAAAAUAUUUUUUCUACCUUUUUCUGUUCUUUAGUAAUUAGCGAUAGAAUAGCUGAAGCAUAUGGCUCCAAAAUAUUGAAGACAUGAAACUGCGUCUUUGGGAUUAUGUGAUCAAGUUUUAAAAGGUGUAAAAUGUUAGUGUUGCUCUCUCUCUCUCUCCCAACCCCCCACCCCCCCAAUCCAUUUUCUUGGCCACUUAUUCACACAAAGGUCACCACAUUGCUGGAGUCUAACUCAGGUAUCAACGGGCAGGAGGCGGGGUACACCCCAAACUGGUUACUAGCCAAUCUCAGGGAACAUAGAGACAGACAACAGCUGCACUCACAAUCACACUUUGGGGCAAUUUAAAGUGUCCAAUUAUUGCAUGUUUUUUGGGAUGUGUGAGGAAACUAGAGUUUCCAGAGAAAACCCACGCAGACACAGGGAGAACAUGUAAACACCAACAAAACUGAGACAAUUGUUUUUGGCAAUAAAGAAAAGAGAAAUGUUAGUAAAAACCUGGACUGGCUAUCUUUAAAUACCAAAGACCAAGUCCGAAAACUUGGUGUUCUGAUAGAUUCCAACCAGCUUUUCAACAGCAGGCAUGUGGUGUUUUCUGUUUAUAGGCGGAAUUUUUUUUAAAUUUGAUUUAUAUUCUGACCGUAACGUUAAUUUUCCGAUCCACCUUUUGCAAGCGAGGUGGAAAAUUUGAUACGCGUCUGUUGAUUGGUCGAAUAUGUUCCUCCUGACCAAUGAAAACCCUUGUUACAUACGAGGCAGUUUAUGGGGCCAUUUGCAAGUGAACAUGAUGGCAGUGCUCGAGAGGAAAGACUCCUCUUGAGUGAAAGAAAUUGAUAGAUAUGUAAAAAAUAAGUUCACAUGGGAUUGUAUCGAAUGAGAAAUCACCGAUACAGUUGGAAAGAAGGAAGUGACCACUCCUUUAAGAGAUGUUUCAGGGCAUUGGAAUUUCACGUGAAACGACAAAAACAUGUCAAACAACUGCAAGUGAACAUGAUGGCAGUGGUCGAGAGGAAAGACGCCUCUCGAGUGAAAGAAAUUGAUAGAGAUGUAAAAAAAUAAGUUCACAUGGGAUUGUAUCGAACGAGAAAUCACCGAUACAGUUGGAAAGAAGGAAGUUACCACUCCUUUAAGCGAGGUUUCAAGGCAUUGGAAUUUCACGUGAAAUGACAAAAACAUGUCAAACAACUGGAACCAAGGAAAAUGAGCUUUUCCAUAGCUGGUAUAUUCGGAUGUCAACCCAAGGUCAACAAACCUUAUGGACUUCAUCCCUUGUUUACGUCCACUACUACCGGUAUUGAGAGGCAAGAUCCACCAAAACAACCAACCCCAGUUGCAGAUUGAUAGUCAAUAACAAGCCCCCAGAUCAUGUCAUUCAGAAUCCUGCAGCUGUCGUUCUGACCAGAGCAAAGUCAGGCUGAAAACCUGUUGCUGCAAUUUAUAAUGCAUCAGUGUUUGCAUCAUCUCCACUGAACAUGAUGGCAGCCCAUUCACUUUCCAUUGACAACUACUCCAAGGAAAAACAAGAGCAGAUGCAAGGUGUAGCCAAGGUAGAGAGUGAUUCAGAAGAGAAGUUUGAGGGGAUGUUAGCAGAGGCACCCAGCCCAACACUCACAGAUGUACAGACGCCAAUGGACGUGGACAAAGCUUCCAUUUAUCGACAUCCCCUCUUCCCUUUGUUGGCUCUGCUGUUCGAGAAGUGCGAGCUGUCCACUCUUAGUUCCGAAUGCAUCACUUCUGCAAGCUUUGAUGUGGACAUUGAGAACUUUGUCCGCUGUCAGGAGAAGGAUGGAAAGCCCUUUUUCAGUGAAGACCCAGAACUCGACAACUUGAUGGUAAAAGCUAUCCAAGUGCUGCGAAUCCACCUGCUAGAGCUGGAGAAGGUGAGUGACCUGUGUAAGGACUUUUGCAGCCGUUACAUUGCUUGCCUCAAGACUAAGAUGAACAGUGAGACCCUUCUGAGUGGAGAGCCUGGUAGUCCAUACUCCCCUGUUCAAAGCCAGGCCCCAAGUUUCUCACCAACUAAAUCACAGGUCCCCUGCUCCAUCUCAGGGAGUCCUCAGGGUCAAAUUGUGGUGCCGGCUUCAGCCCUGCAACAAGGAAAUGUAGCAGCCACAGCAGUAAAUCCCACCCAGAUGGUUGCAGGUAUGUCAUCAUGGCAUACUACCACACCGACAGGUGGCACGAUGUAUCAGCCUGUUACAGUUGUCACUCAUCAUGGGCAAGUAGUAACACAGGCAAUUUCCCCAGGGACGCUACGUGUCCAAAACAACCAGCUCCAGCUACGGUUUCACCAGGACUUAAACCUUUUCAAUCACGAUGACAGCUCAACAAAAAACAAACGUGGCGUUCUACCGAAGCAUGCCACAAAUGUCAUGCGCUCUUGGCUUUUUCAGCAUAUUGGGCAUCCUUACCCAACAGAGGAUGAAAAGAAACAGAUAGCCACUCAGACAAAUCUGACACUUCUACAGGUCAAUAACUGGUUUAUAAAUGCUCGAAGGCGAAUUCUGCAGCCAAUGUUGGAUGCUAGUUCUUCUGAGACGCCCAAAGCUAAAAAGAAGACUCCUCAAAACCGGCCACUCCAGCGGUUCUGGCCAGACUCCAUUGCCUCAGGAGGUGGCACUCAACAGCAAGUUACAAUGCCAGAUGGUACAAUGGUGACAAUGAAUGUGGAGGGGCUGCACAGCUUGACAUCAGAUGGUGCAACACUGGCAGUACAGCAGGUGAUGCUUGGAGGCCAUAGUGAAGAUGAGUCUGGAGACAGUGGAGAUGAAGACGAUGAUGCAGAUAUGGCUGGGCUGAGCCUUGACAACAGUGACUCACUGCAGUAGAUAACCCACACAAACAUACACUACAUUUCCACACAAUGUGUAAAAUAAGUACACGUUACUAGGUUUUCUGACAGUCAUUUUACAAACAAGUUACCUGGUUUUCUGACAGGCAUUGUACAGACAGACACACAGACGUUGAAACCGAGCACAACACAGGGAAUUGUCCCACACUUCCUGAAAUCCCUCAUUGGUGUGUGUGUUUUUCAGAAACUUUUUUUUUAAUUAUUUAGUUACUGUAGGCGAUUGCACUUUGUAUAUUUAAGAAGAAAAAAUCAUCAGAAGAAAGUGUUAAACACCAGAAGCAAGUUUGUAUGCUACAUUAAAUAAAUAUUGGAAAAUAUAAUAAUUUUUCCUCACCCCUUUUGAAUUGUAAGUUUGAAUGACACUUUAAAAUUGUAUUGCUAGGAUUUGUCUCUUUUUGCAUGCUUGUGUUUUGAGUAGAACUGUGCAAGGCUGACUCCACAGCGCUCACAUGGACCUCUGCAAAUGAGCAAAGUUCCAGGGAGUUUAAAAAUAAAAGAAAGAUCCUUAUUUUUCUAUA